AAUCUAUACUCUAGCUCUUAAAGUAGAUACUGUGGUCUUACUAAUGUGGCAGCCUUGUAGUGCUUUGCACAGAGUCCUGUCCAUAAGAAAUAGAUUAAUCUUUUUUUUUUCUGUGCCAGGUACUGUCACGGUGAGUAUUCAAUUAAUUUGGAAUAAUAUCACGAAUUCCCGUUCCCAAAGAGAAAUGGCUUUCUCUCAAGCCCUUUUUGGGGUGUGGGAGCAGGAGAGAGGCUUUCCCCCGGUAAUGUUUUUGCAUUUAUUUCCCAACUCUGCAUCCUUACUUCCAAGCUCCUUACGUUAGAAAGAAUGUCUUCCGUCAAAACGAACGACUUUAAAAAAAAGUUUAUUUUUCAAUAAUCUUUUUUUUUUAUUUAUAAUUUCAAAUUUUCCCCUUCCCUCUAGUCCUUCUCCCAUGCAUUGAGAAGGCAAUAGGAUACUUAUUAUAUAUAAGUGAAGUCACAAAGUGACUAAUUUCUAAAUACGACCCCAUUAAAACUUAGGCCCAGGAACUGAAAGUCACUUGAUAAUCACAAAGUCUCCUAAAGCCAAGCAAAAGUCCAGUCUACCAGAUUGUAAAGUCCUUGGUCCCCUUCCUGCUUUCAUGACAUCCCCAAAUAGGAGUUCAGAAGCCCGUAGAGGGGAGGGGUGGGCAGAAGAAGCGGGAUUAGAAUAGGGGAUAACGAGUGAUUCCACCGAAAACCAAUUAGAAAAGGUCCAUUCCAUUGCUUCCCGCUUGCACACCCUACACAGCAGCGGAGGAGGCGGCGGUGGCGCAGGAAGCCGCGGAUGCGCUGGGGUGCCCGCGUAGGGGACGCGCAGCGCUCCUAGGGGAUACAAGUUGCGCGGAGUAUGCAUUAUCAACCAUAAGCUCUGGAUAUUUCCAUUCCAAGAGGGAGACAAAUAAGUGGGACAAUAUGAAGUCCAAUCCUGCUAUCCAAGCUGCCAUUGACCUCACUGCUGGGGCUGCAGGAGGGACUGCAUGUGUGAUGACUGGGCAGCCUUUUGACACGGUGAAAGUGAAGAUGCAGACAUUCCCCAACUUGUACAAGGGGCUUGUAAACUGCUGCGUAAAGACAUACACCCAAGUGGGCUUUCGAGGCUUCUACAAGGGGACCACCCCAGCACUAAUUGCCAACAUUGCAGAGAAUUCUGUCCUCUUCAUGUGCUAUGGUUUCUGCCAACAAAUCGUGAGAAAAAUAGUUGGAUUGGAGAAGAAUUCAAAGCUGAGUGAUGUACAGAAUGCAGCUGCUGGCUCUUUUGCCUCCGCUUUUGCCGCCUUGGUGCUGUGCCCCACGGAGCUGGUGAAAUGUCGCCUACAGACCAUGUACGAAAUGCAGGCGUCAGGGAAGAUAGCGGAAGGCCAAAAUACUGUGUGGUCCGUAGUAAAAGGCAUUCUUCGAAAGGAUGGCCCUCUGGGUUUCUACCAUGGACUCUCCAGCACUUUACUUAGGGAAGUGCCUGGAUAUUUCUUCUUUUUUGGUGGCUAUGAACUGGGCCGAUCAUUUUUUGCAUCGGGAAAAUCAAAAGAUGAGUUAGGACCCAUCCCUUUAAUGUUAAGUGGUGGCUUUGGAGGAAUCUGCCUCUGGAUUGCUGUGUAUCCAGUGGACUGUAUUAAAUCAAGAAUCCAAGUUCUUUCCAUGUCUGGAAAACAGGCUGGCUUUGUGGGGACAUUUGCAAGUGUUUUAAAAAAUGAAGGGAUAGGCGCCUUAUAUUCUGGACUGAAACCUACUUUGAUCCGAGCUUUCCCUGCCAAUGGGGCCUUGUUUUUGGCAUAUGAAUACAGUAGGAAGUUGAUGAUGAGCCAAUUUGAAACCUACUAAAAUAUCUUGGUAGAACUGGAUCAAAAGACUGCUGCUGUCUAUCUCUGGGUUUCUCUGAGUAUGAAGAUCAACAUGGAAUUAUUCUAACUUCAUAGGACUUUUUCCCUCCUCUUUCCACUCAUCACUUUCAUCUCCACAAAGAACUAAAUUAUCUAUGCACUAGUUUCUGCUAGUGUUUUUAUGAGAGAUAAAGUUUUAUCUCUUCUCCUAACCAGGAAUAUACCCAAUGAAUUAUGUCUUUCCAGUGGACCUGUCAAGAUGGAUCCGUUGAGAUUCCUAGCAUCCCUCUGUCUGUUUUUGUCUUUGGAGGAUGGAUAGUGUAAGGGCUUGAAAUGAUGUGAUUCAAUUUUUUCUUAAUUUAAACUUCACCAGAAAGACCUAGGGCUGAUUAUGUAUUAAUGUAGCAUUAAAAGUGGAUCAGACAAAGUUGUAAAUAUUUAAAUAAUACACUUUAAAUUUAUGGCUUCUUUGUCAAAAGUACUAUUGAGAUAUCCUGAACAGUCAGUUUGUAAAGUAAAAUUUUCUUUGUGGUACUUACAAAUGGAGCUAACAGAAUUUAACUGGAAAAUCUAAUAGAGAUGCUUGUAGCUUCCAGUUGGGUUGGUUUCCAUUUUUUUGAUACUGGGUAAGUUUCAGAGCUAAUGUUUCCUCGGAAAAAAUACAUUAAGAUGGUCUUACCUGAAAUAGCCCUAACAAUUUUUUUUUAAACAUGGGACAAGCUUCCACUAUGAUUAUAUAGGAAAAUUUGUUCUGAAAUCAAAUCAUCCCAAAUCCAAUGACCAUAUUAUUGGCAUUCACCUCCCUUUUCUCUGAGAUCCUAUCAGAAAAAAUCUUCAUGUUGGACUGAGUUGAGUGAGAUACAUAGGGAGUGUUGGAGUGCUACCCCAAAGAGACAGCACUCGAACUUCUGAUCUCUACUCACCGUACAGGGUUGUCUGAAUUUUAAAAUAGCACAGGCUAGGGUACCAACAAAGAUCUCCUUCAGGUCAUCAUUUGGUCCAUUUUUCUGUGGUCUCCAACUAUAAAAGAAGGGAAGAUGGAAGACAUCUACUUUGUACAUGUACAGAGUAAAUCCCCAUGUGCCCUUGUAAUCAUCAACUGAUACUGGUGAGAAGAGUUCACUGCUCAAUCAUAAAAAUAGCACUGAAUAGGAAGUUAAUUUUUUUGUAGUAAUAUCAAUGUUAACACAUCUUGCCGUUCACAUAAAGAUCCAGGUAUUGCCAUUUAAUUUUUAAAGUUGUUUGAUCCAUGCCAGAGAAUGAGUUUUAGAAAUGGUGCUUAAUGAUUUUUGAUUAAUGUGUAUGUGACAUGAAUACAAAAUUGCAAAACUGA